AUGGCGACGACCGUUUUGACCGACGAAGGGCACUUCGCUGGCCUUGGUACUGAUGAUCGAGGAUGCGUGUUUGAGAUGGAUUGCCCUAUCAUAGUCCACACUCUCGUUGGUGCCGAUACAGACAUUGUUCGCUAUCCUGUUCGCGAGUUCCUCGAAACAGCGCUACCAGAUUCGGGUUUCAAACUGCGGUGGCUGCACAUACCGGUAAACAAUAUGGAUUGGGUUGAGAAUUCGCAAAAUGAAGGCAGCGCACGUGUGCCUGGUACCGUGCCUACCAUAAGCGAUGCGGCAACCGAAGGACUACCAGCGUCCAUUGCCGUAGACCCAGCCGCGGAACUGGAUUUGGAGCCGGCUGAAACCCAGAGCAAUGGGCCAGAGGUGGGCGGGCCACAGCAACCUUCCCUCUCGCUAUAUCUCCCAUAUAUGAACUGGGAUGCGUUCGGAGACUACCAAGCACUACGUGGCUGGUACGAUUCAGAGUGGCCCACGCCGCGCGAUAUACCAAUAACAAAACGUCAACGUAUGGAAGAGUACCUCGCCCAGACGUACCUGAAGGCGGCAAAGCCGCUCCAUCCGAGGAGAACUCUCGACCAGUUCUACUACUCAUCCUUGAGGAACACGGACGCCAGAGACGCCGACCAAACUAUAUCAAAAUGGACCGGCGCCGGUCUGAAUGCUGAUGGUCGCCUUAGUGCAGCGGAUGAUAGUCUGCUUAUCAUGGUUGAUCAGCUGUGGUGCUGGGUGCUCGAUGAUAAAACAGUUCUGACCUGCUUCCCGUCUGGCGAUCUGCAAUACCACAGUCAAGGCUUCACGGACUUUUAUACGAGUGUUGGGGAAAGCUGGUCAUUCUGCGAAACGGUGUGGGAUCUGCAUUGUCUCUUCGUCAAGGAAGCGGUCUCCUUUCUGUUUCGUCAAGACAACCGGCAAUUUACGGACCUUAUCGAGACGUAUCGAUGGGUUGUCGGCACCAAGGAUGCCGCUCAGACCGCUUACUUCGAAGAGUACAGUAGAAGCCACGCGGCUGGGCACUCGGGUUCUACAGCCCUCGACGAUCGACAAGAACUGAAGCUUGUCCUGGAAGUCACAGACGUUAUUGAUGAGCUGAAGAUGAUACGGCACCUUGUUCAAAAACAGAGAGAGGUCCUGAACUCUCUUGUCAUUGCGCUGCGAAGACUCAACGCCGCGGACGAGAAGGAUCCCGGGCCACAGGAAUCUGUGCAAAUUAGACACAACACGUUCACAAAUAGGGACCACGGCAGAAUGUUCGUCAACAUCAGCCAUGCGCGCCAUGAAGGUUUAGCCGAGAAUGCAGAGAGCAUAAAGUUGCUGGCACGCGGGAUCAAAGGCGCGUCGCAAGAGACCGUCGUCUCGGCCGAUGAGACGCUUGUUCGGCUCCUUGCUGAGCUGGACGCCAUGAGGAAUGACGCCGACUACACGCAUAAGAUGGCAUCUUUAGCCGAGGCUCGAUCGACGAGCCAGCAGGGGCGUGUCAUCAUGCUGUUCACUAUCGUUACAAUCAUCUUUCUACCCCUGUCAUUCUUCACUUCGUACUUCGGCCAAAACGCCUCGGAGAUUACCGGUGACGAAAAGAACCCGACUUCCAAGGACUUAUGGCAGGUUGGCGCCCCGAUUAGCAUUGUCAUCAUCAUUUCGGCCUUACUGGUUGCCUACUUUAUCAACAAGCCGGAACGCCUUCGGUGUCUUAGCAAGCUAAGACCAGGCAGACGGAUUGCCCGGGCUGCGUCGUAUGUGUGA